CACCAAUCAAACGGUGGUAGGGAAAUCUGGAGGAAGCAGAGGCCAUCUGGAGAGAGCAGAGCGCUAGGGUAGAGGCGAAUCGGCGAUUUUGGUUCCUGCGCAGAUUCAGAGAGGCCGCUCCAAAAACCAUGGCAGAGGCCGCUCCAAAAACCAAGUUAGAGGCCUACCUGAAGAAGCUCCGGCACCAAGACUUCAUCCUUUCCCGACCAAACAUUUAUGUGGGUUCUAUCGAAGAGCACACCCAAACCCUCUGGGUCUACGAGAACAACGAAAUGGUCCGCCGACCCGUCACGUACGUCCCCGGCCUGUAUAAGAUCUUCGAAGAAAUCCUCGUCAACACCUUCAACCACAAGCAACGCGACCCCUCAAUGGACUCAGUGAAGGUGGCGAUCAAUGAGGAACAGAACUGUAUCAGUGUGUGGAAUAAUGGUUCUGGUCUCCCAGUGGAGAUUCAUAAGGAGUUGGGUGUGUAUGUGCCCGAACUGAUGUUAGGGCACAUAUUGAAGCGUGACAGCAAAUACUAUGAUACCAUCAACAAGACUGCCGGUGGACAUGGGAUCGGCGCAAAGCUUACCAAUAUCUUCUCCACCGAGUUUGUAAUUGAGACUGCCGACGGCAAGCGACAGAAGAAGUAUAAGCAGGUUUUCUCAAACAACAUGGGAGAGAAAUCUGAUCCUGUUAUAAUGAAGUGCAACGAUGAUGAAAACUGGACAAAGGUCUCAUUUAAGCCCGACUUGGCAAAGUUCGAUAUGACCCAUCUUGAAUAUGAUAUUCUUGCCAUGAUGAGAAAGAGGGUGAUCGACUUAGCAGGAUGCUUUGGAAAGACUGUGAUGGUUGAAUUAAAUGGGAAACAGGUUCCUGUAAAAUCAUUUCUUGAUUAUGUUGGUAUGUAUUUGAAAUAUGCCUCCAAGAAUAGACCCAAUGACCUCCCAAGGAUUGCAGAAAAGGUCGAGAGGUGGGAGGUUUGCGUGAGUUUAAGUAACCAGUUUCAGCAGGUUAGCUUUGUAAAUGGGGUUGCCACAAUCGAGGGUGGGGCUCAUGUGGACUACAUCACCGAGCAAAUUACAUCUUACAUUACGGAGAAAAUAAAUGCUGAGAACGAGGGUGCCAACGUCAAAACUUUUCAUCUGAAGAAACAUUUAUGGGUGUUCAUCAAUGUUGUUAUUGACAACCCUGCAUUUAAUUCAACAACAAAAGUGGCCUUACUCAAUGUCCAAAGAGGUUUUGGGUCCAAAUGCGAACUCUCACAAGAGUUCUUAGAGAAAGUUGCUAAAUCUGGAGUGGUGGAAAGAUUUGUAUCAUUGCAAAGAUUCAAGCAGCAUCUUAAAAGUGAUACCGCAGUAAGGGGAUACAGAAUCUUUGGAAUUCCUAAACUGCAAGAUGCUUACUAUGCGGGGGGCAGAGACUCUCACAAGUGUACCUUAAUUCUUACCGAAGGAGAUUCUUCUGCGGCUCUUGCAGAUGCUGGAAUUUCUAAAGUAGGUACAAAAUACCAUGGUGUGUUUUCAAUGGGUUGUAAAUUUUUAGAUGUGAUGGAAGCAAGCCAAAAACAGAUCAUGGAGAAUACUCAAAUUCAGCACAUCAUGAAAAUUCUUGGACUCCAGCAUGAAAUGGUAGAUGCCACGAUUGACUCGUUGAGAUAUGGUCACUUGAUGAUUAUGGCGGAUCAGCAUCAUUACGAUUCCAAUAUCAAAUCGCGAUUGAUUCAUUUUAUUAAUUUAUUUUGGCCAUCACUCCUAAAAAGUCCAUCUUUUCUAGUAGAGUCUGUUAGACCGAUCGUGCAGGCUAGUAAUGGAAAAAGGACAUUAUCCGUUUAUUCCAUGUCUGAGUAUGAAUUAUGGAGAGAAAGUUUGCGAGGAAGUGAUUGGUCGAUCAAGUUUUAUAAGGAUGAAGAUGGGAAAACUAGUAAGGAAAAAGAGGAUUGGCUUAGACGUUUUGAGCCUGGUACAUACCUUCAUCCGGAAUGUAAGGUUAUAAAAUAUGAUGACAACUUUGUCGACUGGCGGUUUAAAGAGUUUUCGGAAACAGUUCUUCACAGGUCAAUUCCUUCGAUGGUUGACGGCCUUAAACCAAGUCAGAGAAAAAUACUUUUCUCUUCUUUCAAGUACAACUUUCACAAGGAUGUAACUGUUGAAGAGUUAUCUGAUUAUGCAAGUGAGCAUUCGGCUUAUGAUCACAGUGAGAUGAGUCCUUCCAGUACCAUUAUCCGCAUGGCACAAGAUUAUGUAGGCGCCAAUAAUAUAAGUCUUCUCCAACCAAAAGGCCAAUUUGGAACUCGUCUGAAAGGAGGCAAAGAUCAUGAUGAUCGUCAGUGUAUAUACACUCGGCCGUCUCCUAUCACACCUUUCCUGUUCCCGGAACAUGAUAAUAGUCUGCUUGCCUACAUAGAGGAAGAUGGCAAGUCUAUAGAACCUUGUUGGUACAUGCCAAUUAUACCAAUGGUUCUAGUAAAUGGAAGUGAGGGGAUUGGGACUGGAUGGAGCUCGUAUAUCCCCAAUUACAAUCCGAUAGAGAUUGUUUCCAAUUUGAGGCAUUUACUGCUAGGUGAUCCAAUGGUUCCCAUGAAACCCUGGUAUAAAGGAUUCCGAGGAGAUAUAGAUAUAAGGACAACAGAAGAAGGGGAGCUCUGCUACAUUGUAAGUGGAUUGAUAAAAGAAGUGAGUGAAACUACAGUUCGGAUUGAGGAGUUGCCAAUCCGAAAAUGGACCCUAAAAUAUAAAGAAUUUUUGGAAUCAAUCAAGACAGGGAAUGAUAACAGCAAAGAUCCAUUCAUCCAGGAUUUCAAAGAUCACAGUGAUGACACAACUGUGGAUUUUGAAGUUUUCUUAACCAAGGAGAAUUUGGACAAGGCUAGGGAAGAGGGUUUACUGAAGAAAUUUAAGCUUACUACUACAAUCAGCUUAAGGAACAUGAACCUCUUCGACUCAGAAGGCAUGCUAAAGAAAUAUGACAGCCCUCACCAAAUUCUUCAGGAAUUCUAUCCCCUAAGACUCGAUUUCUACAAGAAAAGGAAGAAGUCUAUGCUGGAAAAUCUUGAAUUGGAAUUGUUGAAACUGCAGAACCAAGUUAGGUACAUAACUUUGUUUGCAGAAGGAAAGAUGAGUGCGAUCAACAAGAGUAAUGAGGACCGGAUUGUGGAUAUGCAAGAGAAAGGCUUUAGAGCGAUUGGGAAGACAACAAAAACCCCUGAAGCAGCUGCAGAUUAUGCAUACCUACUGGAUCUACCAUUUUCUGUUUUUACUGAAGAAGGGUUUAAGCAAAUAUGUGAGUCUAGGAAUACACUAAAGAAAAAGAUUGAGGAUCUGAAAGAAGAAACUCCCGAGUCUAUGUGGUUCAAAGAUCUUGAGCAAUUUGUUGAUAAAGUUGCAGGAGAAGUCAACCCAACAAAAAAGAGGCACCGAGACGAAAGUGAGGGUAUCCCAAUGGAACCAACCGUCUGAAGUUGUGGAGGUUAUUGAAAAAGCUUCUCAGGGAAGAUUUUGGGCAGGAGCCAAAUGUCUGAAGUUACUUGUGAAUCAUCAUCUAUACUUGUUGUACUUGUCCUGUUGUGAGUUGCUGAAAGUGCUACUCUUUGGAGAAUUACAACUGAAUUAUGACUAAUUGUUAAGCAGCAGAGUUAAAACAGAUUGAAAUUGAGGGUUGGGGCCACGCUGAUGCGAAAGGUUGGAGGACCACCGUUUGAUCUGAAUGAUUUAUUGAGAGUUAGGGCCACGCCGGUGGUGGUUUCCUCUCAGAGGACCACCACCACCGUUUGAUUUGGAGUGAUGUAUUGAUGGUUGGGCCACGCUGGUGGAUUCAUCACGAGAGAGAUUGUCUUGCUAAACCUUGUUGCUUUAGUAUGAUUCUAAGUAGGUUUAUAUAGAGCAUAAUCUGAGAUGUUAUGGUGUGGAAUUUGUAAAUGCCUAGGUACUUGGAUACUAAUGAUUCAUGGUUUGUAUGUUUUGCAGAACC